AUGAAGCAGCUCAUCUCCCACCUUCUGGGCUUUUGCUGUCUCGUCUGCUUCACGGUGACUCAAUGUUUCACCAGCGAUGUUGACAAGUGUCGGAAUUUGUCUACUUGUCCUCCUUUUGCAACCUGUGAAAACAUCCCCGGAGGCUACCAGUGCACCUGCAAUCAGGGGUUUGCAUCUAGUUCUGGGGAGGAACACUUCACUGAUCCUGCAGUAAAGUGUGUUGUUGACCGAUGUCAGGAUUCAUCUACUUGCCCUGCUUUUGCAAAAUGUGAAAAUGUUCCUGGGGGCUACCACUGCACCUGUAAACGCGGGUUUGCAUCUAGUUCUGGGGAGCAAAACUUCACUGAUCCAACAGUGAAGUGCGUCGUUGACAACUGUCGGAAUUUGUCUACUUGUCCUGCUUUUGCAACGUGUGAAAACGUCCCUGGAGGCUACCACUGCACCUGCAAUCAGGGGUUUGCAUCUAGUUCUUGGAAGAAAUACUUCACUGAUGCAACAGUGAAAUGCGUCGUCGACCGAUGUCAGGAUUCAUCUACUUGUCCUGCUUUUGCAAAAUGUGAAAAUGUUCCUGGGGGCUUCCACUGCACCUGCAAACGUGGGUUUGCAUCUACUUCUGGGGAGCAAAACUUCACUGAUCCAACAGUGAAGUGCGUUGUCGACCGAUGUCAGGAUUCAUCUACUUGUCCUGCUUUUGCAAAAUGUGAAAAUGUUCCUGGGGGCUUCCACUGCACCUGCAAACGUGGGUUUGCAUCUACUUCUGGGGAGCAAAACUUCACUGAUCCAACAGUGAAGUGCGUUGUCGACAGAUGUCAGAAUUUAUCUACUUGUCCUGCUUCUGCAACCUGUGAAAAUGUUCCUGGGGGCUACCACUGCACCUGCAAACGCGGGUUUGCAUCUAGUUCUGGGGAGCAAACCUUCACUGAUCCAACAGUGAAGUGCGUUGUUGACAGGUGUCAGAAUUUGUCUACUUGUCCUGCUUUUGCAAUGUGUGAAAACGUCCCUGGAGGCUACCGCUGCACCUGCAAUCAGGGGUUUACAUCUAGUUCUGGGGAGGAACACUUCACUGAUGCAACAGUGAAAUGUGUCAAAAACCUCUUCCGCUGCCAGCCCAGGAUUCUGCAAGGAGAUGAUUUCAAAAGCCAGUGCGGCAACAUGACCCAGCAUGGAAACCAGAAAAGCAAUAGAUUUUGCACCAUCCUGAAUGAGACCUCAAAGACCUUGGAAUCUGCAUGUGGCAAUGGAAACCAAUCAGAAUCCCUGAAGGAAGUCUUCACUUCUCUCGAUUCGCUUUUCAAUGCCACUGCCCAGCAGUCUACUUGGAGCAAGGAGGAGGUUGCAUGGGCAGCCACCGCCUUUCUGCAGCGUGCAGAAUUGGCUGCCUUGGAAGCUGCUUGGAACAGUUCCGAGAAUGAGCCGCAGACGAUCACAGCCGAGACGAUGACCAUCGUGGCCCAGCGGGUUACGGAUAACUGCAGUCGGGCAGGGAAGAUGAUCGAACUGAACGCUGAAAACGAGAUGAUGAGCAUUGACUGCACGACAGUGGUUGGUGCCAGUGAACCAGGCUCUGGAGUCGUUGCCUUCAUAUCGUAUGCCACUCUCGAGUCCAUCCUGAACAAUAACUUUAUUGACCAGCAAAACCUGAGAGGGAAUGACAAACUGGAUAGCACUACGCUGAAUUCGAAGGUAGUGAGUGGGACCAUUGGGAAACCUGGUCCCCUCUCCAAACCUUUCUACUUCACCCUGGAGCAUAAACAGAGAAAGGAAAUGGAAGACAAGAUUAUCUGUGUUUUCUGGAACUUCACUGGCACCUGGUCUACUGAAGGCUGCAGACUUCUCCAUGCAAACAGCACUCACACCACCUGCACCUGUAAUCACCUGUCCAGCUUUGCCAUCCUGAUGGCUUCACAUGCGAGCAAGGAGAGUUACCCACUGACCAUCAUCACCUAUGUGGGACUGACCCUCUCCCUGCUGUGCCUCUUCCUUGCCAUCCUCACCUUCCUCCUGUGCCGCUCCAUCCGCAACGUCAGCACCUCCCUCCACCUGCAGCUCUGUCUCUGCCUCUUCCUGGCCGACCUGCUCUUCCUCACCGCAGUGAAGAGCGUCACCAAUGAGGUGGCGUGUGCUGUCAUUGCUGGCCUCCUACACUACCUCUUCCUGGCGUGCUUCAGCUGGAUGUUUCUGGAGGGGCUGCACCUCUUCCUCACCGUCAGGAACCUGAAGGUCGUGAAUUACACCAGCGCCGGCCAGUUCAAGAAGAGAUUCAUGUACCCGUUCGGCUACGGAUUCCCAGCCCUGGUGGUGGCUAUUUCUGCAGCGGUGAAUCACAAAGGCUACGGAACUUCUGAACACUGCUGGCUCACAAUAGAGGGAGGCUUCAUCUGGAGUUUCCUUGGACCAGUCUGCCUUAUUAUUGUGAUGAAUUUAACAUUUUUUAUCACAACCCUCUGGAUCCUGAGAGACAAAAUCUCCUCCCUCAAUGCAGAUGUCUCCACCCUCAAAAACACAAGGUUACUGACAUUUAAAGCCAUCGCCCAGCUGUUCAUCCUGGGCUGCACUUGGAGUCUUGGUCUGUUGCAAACAAAAGCGGCAGCCAUGGUCAUGGCAUAUUUAUUCACCAUUAUCAACAGCCUGCAGGGAGCCUUCAUCUUCCUGGUGCACUGUCUCCUCAAUCAGCAGGUGAGAGAAGAGUACAAGAGAUGGAUCAGAAGGAUUGAAAAAUCCAGAACCAAGUCUCAGACUUCCAGGCUAUCUAUGUCAGCUAUGCCCAUGACCACCGGAACUGAAUGUGAAAAGUCCUCCUGAAAAAGUGGAGACUACUACUGCAUGUGGGAGAAAAUAAAGCCCAGCUCCAUUCCCAGCACCAGAAGUUCCCUUUUUUACAAAGAAGUGGAAGCUGCUUAUCUCCAAU